CCCAUUCAUUACUAGCAGAGCAAUAAUGAUUCUUUGGCUGAACUUGGUGUCCUUACUUGUAUCCCUUGGAGGUAUCAGAUCUGAGAUCCAAUUGGUGGAAUCUGGAGGAGAUGUGAGAAGAUCUGGAGAGUCCCUCCGUCUCUCCUGCCAAGCCUCUGGAUUCACCUUCAGCAGCCAUUACAUGGCCUGGAUGAGACAGGUUACAGGGAAAGGACUGGAAUGGCUUACACAUAUGGGUAACACGGACUUUUACUACUCAAACAAAGUCAAGGGACGCUUCACCAUCUCCAGGGACAAUCCCAAAAGCCAGCUGUAUCUGCAAAUGAACAGCCUCAAAGUUGAAGACACAGCCGUCUAUUACUGUGCAAUAUACACAAAGCUUACAUUGAAACCCUUUUUGCUUUUAGGAGCUCAAUCUCAAGUCCAGUUGGUGGAGUCUGGAGGGGAUGAGAGAAGUCCUGGGGAGUCCCUCCGUCUCUCCUGCCAAGCCUCUGGAUUCACCAUUAGCGGCUCCUGGAUGCACUGGGGAGCGAAAAUGAUGCCAUGGCUGAAUUUGGUGUCCUUGUUAGUGUUCAUUCAAGAUUUCAUUGAAACACUUUCCCUUUUACGAGUUCAAUCUCAAGUACAGCUGGUGGAGUCUGGAGGGGAUGUGAGAAGACCUGAGGGUCCCUCCGUCUCACCUGCCAAGCCUCUGGAUUCACCUUCAGCAGCUAUCCGAUGA